AUGGACACGCCGCCAAAUAAAGACUUCGAGGUGGCCAUAGUCGGCGGAGGAGUGUCUGGCCUGGUCUGCGCGAUCGCUCUGCAACGGGCAGGGGUCCCAGUACAACUAUUCGAGGCAGCGGCUGCCUUCGGAGAGAUUGGGGCGGGGAUCGGACUUGGUUCAAACGCUGUCCGGGUUUUGAAAGCAGUCGGCUUGCUUGACGAAGUUCUAAAGAAGAUCCACCCAUCGGAGCUCAGGACUAGAGGUUUCAUUUACUAUAACGGUCUUGGAGACAAUCAGGAGGUCUUCGCGUACGAUGCGCACCCUGAAGACAAAGGGAUAGGAAUGCAUAGGGCUAUUUUCCUAGAGGCACUUGUACCUGUCUUGGAGCCGCAAAGGGCCCACUUCAACAAGCGAUGCACCUCUAUCGUUCGUUGCGCACAAGGCUCAAGACGUCUGGUCAUCAACUUCCAAGAUGGCACCUCUCAUGAAACCGAUGUCGUGAUAGGGGCGGACGGGAUCAAGAGUGCUGUCCGCAGUUUCGUCUUGGAUGCCCCGGACGACAGGGUCGCUUUCAGCAACACGGUAGCAUACCGAGGCCUUGUACCGUACAAAGACCUCCAGGAGGCUGGGUUCAAGACCCCUGUUGUACAAGACCCAGCUUGUUUUGUUGGACCGAGCAAGCACUUCAUUCUCUUCCCUAUCAAGAAUGGCGAAGUGAUCAACGUCGUCGCCUUCGUUGCUCGAUACGACAUCCCCAUAGGGUCUGAAAAGCUUCCGCCAGGAACACCUUGGGUUGAGACAGUCCCGAAGGAAGCGAUGGAAAAGGAAUAUGAAGGCUGGGGCCCCGACAUCGCCGCCCUGAUGAAGUGCAUGCCAGAAACCCCUAGCAAAUGGUCUAUACACGUCGUUCAUCCUCCGCUGGAUAGCUUCGUCAAAGGCCAUGUAGCCUUGAUCGGCGACGCGGCACACGCUAUGCUGCCCCAUCUGGGGGCUGGGGCUGGACAGGGUCUUGAAGAUGCCUAUAUUAUUUCCCGUCUGCUGGGACACCCGGAGACACAAGGCGACAACCUGGAGGCGGUCCUAGAAACUUAUUCCCGCAUUCGCCGACCUCGCGCGCAAAUGGUAUGGAGUAUGAGUCGCGCUGCAGGCGCCGUCUACGAUUGGCAAGGAGCGGGAGGCUCAGACGCGGAGUUCAUGCGUGAGGAAUUGCGAAGUCACUACGAUUAUGUCUGGCAGCAUGACAUUGAGGCGGAUGUCGAGCAUGCUAUCAGUGAGCUUCGCACAAAGGGCGCAUAUGUGGCUCAUUCUGUAUAG